AUGACCAUGCUCUCCCUAACCUUUUGCAUUCACCUCCUGCUCAUUCUUGCAUCAGUUAGGAACACAGUGAGCAACGUUGAGGGUGGUUCUGCCGCUGCUACUACUCCUCCUCCUCCUCCUGGUGUAACGGUGGAAGCCAGAAAGAGGUGCUCCAUUUAUUUGGGGCCUUGUGUUAGAAGGAUAGUGGGCAUGGAAGGAAGCUCAAAGGCAAUAAUGGGUAUAAUAUAUGUUGGAGAUGGGAAAGAAAGGGUUGGUUCGACAUUGGCAGCAGCAAAGUGCACGUACACUUUGGAGCUUUGCAGCACAAAGAAGUGCAAUAAUCCGUGCUUUAGCAGCACAGUGAUUAUGGUUGCAGCUGAAGGAGGAAGCUAUGAGACAAUGUGUAAAACAUUAAAGUGCACAGAUAUUGUUGGGCCUUGCAGUCUAAAGAGGUGCGAUAAUGCAAAGUGCGGGGCAGUACACACUGGUAAAAGAAAAUAG